UCCUCGGACGGAUUUUAAUGUAGCACUACGGCACGUGAAUCGCGCUUGCCGUAAAGUGUGGCGGUGAUGUUUGGAAUGAGGAGCUGCCUGCUUUACUUAGUGGCCUUAUUUAUCCAUUUUUGAAUGGUUUAAGGCUAUUGUGGAGGAAGACAGCUCCGUCAUCAUGUCAAAGCCCACCCUUCGCGUCCUGUAUGGGAGCCAGACCGGUACUGCCCAAGACACAGCCCAGAGGAUUGCACGGCAGGCUCAGAGGAGGCAGCUACAGGUUCAGGUGUUGCCUCUGGAUGCUUACAAUGUGGCCAACUUGAUCUCUGAGUCUCUGGUUGUGUUUGUGUGCUCUACCACUGGCCAAGGAGACCCUCCAGACAAUAUGAAGAACUUCUGGAGGUUUAUAUUUAAGAAGUCCUUGCCUGUCGGCUCUCUGACGCGGCUGGACUGUGCCGUUCUGGGCCUGGGGGACUCCUCCUAUCCAAAGUUCAAUUUUGUGGCUAAGAAGCUUCAUAAACGCCUGCUGCAGCUGGGUGCCAGUGUGCUGCUUCCUGUCGGGCUGGCGGACGACCAACACGACCUGGGGUCAGACGCUGUGAUCGACCCGUGGCUCACAUCGCUCUGGGACAAAGUGUUAGCUCUGUACCCGGCUUUGGCUGCUGUGGUUCCACUCAGGGAGGAUGAACCGCUCCCUCCGACGUACACUUUCCACUUCCUGGAUAACGUGAAUGUGAACGCAGACGACAGGCUGAGGAUUCCCACAGAGCCAAGUGUCCCCUCCCAGUCCUGUCCCUUCCCUUCCAGACUGGUGUCUAACAGCAGAGUAACGGACGUGUCACACUUUCAGGACGUGAGGCUCAUCGAGUUUGAUAUCACCGGAUCCAACAUUGUGUUUGCUGCUGGUGACGUGGUGAUGAUGCAUCCCUGUAACGCACCAGAGGACGUACAGCAAUUCUGUCAACUACUGAGACUGGAUCCAGAGGCCAGGUUCACUCUCAGGGCCACAGACAGCACUGCAGUCCCAGCCAGGCUUCCUCAGCCCUGCACUGUGCGCCACCUGGUGGAGAGCUACCUGGACAUCUCCGCCGUGCCUCGCCGCUCCUUCUUUGAGCUGCUGUCUACCUUCGCCACCAACGAACUGGAGCGCGAGAAGCUGGUCGAGUUCAGCUCAGCUGCCGGACAGGAAGAGCUGCACAGCUACUGUAACCGGCCCAGGCGCACGGCGCUGGAGGUCUUGACUGAUUUCCCCCAUACUACAGCAGAACUCAAAGUAGACUAUCUCCUGGAUCUAUUCCCUGAGAUCCAGCCUCGCUCUUUCUCCAUCGCCUCCUCUCUCCAGGCCCACCCACACAGACUUCAGAUUUUGGUGGCUGUUGUUCGUUAUAAAACCAAGAUGUACAAACCACGAAAAGGCCUCUGCUCCACCUGGUUAGCCUCCCUGGAUCCUUCACAAGGGGAGGUGUAUGUGCCUCUGUGGGUGAAGAAGGGGACUCUGAAAUUCCCUGUAGAGAAGGACACCCCUGUGAUAAUGGUUGGACCUGGAACAGGAGUGGCCCCCUUCAGGUCGGCUUUACAAGAGAGGACCGCUGAGGGAAAAACCGCUAACGUCCUGUUCUUUGGCUGUCGCUCUGAGUCCAAAGACUUCUACUUCAGGUCAGAGUGGGAGGAGAUGAUGAAGGUUGGACACUUGACCCUCUUCACUGCCUUCUCACGAGACCAGGAGGAAAAGGUGUACGUGCAGCACCGUGUGAGGGAGAACGCUGAGCUCCUCUGGGACCUGAUUGCCAAUAAAGGUGCCUGCUUUUACAUCGCUGGCAAUGCUAAACAGAUGCCAGCCAGUGUGUGUGACGCUCUGAAAGAAGCGUUCCAUCAGGAGGGGAACGUGUCCGCCGAGGACGCAGAGCAGAUGCUGACAGCCAUGGAGAGGUCGGGCAGGUUCCAGAGUGAGACCUGGUCCUGACCACGUCACCUCAAACCACUACUUGUCAGAGUUCACUUUAAACAGCUGCCACCAUGUUGACUGCAUGAUACAAUUCAUGCUUUUGGAACCAAAGUGGAAUGAUCCGUCAGUCGACUAACGUAGAGCUUAAUCAGUUAUCCCAGCUGGACUUCCUGAAAUGUUCAUAUUUCACUGGUACCUGAAGCACCACAUGGCUGUUUUCAGUUUGUUGUUGUUGUUUUCAUUUAUGGAUGUCUGCAGUUCAAAGCACAAUGGUGGGAGACUAAACUACAGAAGAAGAAAUCAUUGUUGUGAUUAAAGGGACCAUUUACCCCAA